UGACCCAUUUGGUUGUUAAGAGCAAUGCGAGCGCAUAGACUUGGAUCGAUUUCUCCUCCGUCGUCGCUCGAUCUCUCUUCUUUAAUCUAAAACCCAUGGAGUACGAAGACGACUUGGCCCACCACUCCACUCCGUCCUUCGAUCAAGUGGAAAAUGUGAAAGGGUUGAACCCAGGAUUGAUUGUCUUGCUUGUUGUUGGCGGAUUGCUGUUGACAUUCCUGGUUGGCAAUUAUUUCCUCUACAUGUAUGCACAGAAAACCCUUCCUCCCAGGAAAAAGAAGCCAAUCUCCAAAAAGAAACUGAAGAAGGAGAAACUGAAGCAAGGGGUUUCAGCACCAGGAGAAUAGACAUUUUGUACGCUACAUACUUAUCCCUUUCGUAUUCAGCUGUUGUGUUAAAGACAUUGUCUUCCUGUUGUAUUUUGGCCAGAAGUUUUAGUUUCAGAGUUAGAAAUUACCUUCAUGUUCUGUUCUGCUAGUUGACCGGAAAGAACGCUUGUUGGUCUCUUCAUUUUCCUUUUGCUGGGUUAACUCUUCUUACCUUGUAUCACCACCUA